ACGAGUAAACUAUUCAGUUGCCAAUUGACCGCGCUUACACGACGAGCAAUUUUACGUAGGUACGAUUCGACUCUCAAGACUACCAAAGUCGUAAUAAUUACGUAAUAUUUUUCGUUCUCGUAUUAAAAAUCUUUCUUUUCAUCAAUUUUCCAACUUCGUAAUAUUUUUUUCUUUAUUUUCACACACGAUUCAACGUCGUGAAAAAAAAAUUCGAAUUUAUUUUUUGCAUUAUUUUUUUUUACCUUUUAUUGUUGUUUUGCGAGAAUCGAUAACACGAGUGUUUGUUGUUCAGUGUUCGCGAAUUUUUUCGUCUAAUUUUUCAAUUUUUUUUCUAUUUUUAAUUUUUUUCUCAUUUUUAAUGACGUAUUAAAUAUCGAUCAAGUUAUAUUAUUCGCCUUUUUCGUACACGUACAUACACACGACCGGAAAUACUUAAUUUGACGAAAAUAAUAAAGAAAAAUUCUUGCUCGACCAACACCUACAAACCAAUCAACGAUGACGACGUACCAUCCAGCAUGACUCAAUGCUCGACCACCACACCCUCGUGAAAACGACGGCGUCUCCCCCGCACCUCCUUCAAAAUGCUACAAUCAUCUUCAACCUAACCAAUCAACCGAGCGGCGCCGGCAUCACCGGCACCCUAGAUGCUCGCGAUGAGACGACGCUCGCAGCCCGAUCCGCCGCAAAAGACAAGACCGCCAUCGUCUGUCAUCGUUGUACGUUGGCCAGCCGCUGCAGCCGUCGUCGUCGUCGCCGCCCUCGCCCUCGCCUUCAUCUAUGACCAUUCUGCGAAAUAUGAUCGCGUUUGAGCCGCUGCUGCAGACACCGCCGUCCACCAGCCUUCUAUUUAGUACUUCGACCAGUCCUCCAGCCGUCGUCGGUUUAUCGUACGUUGAUAAUCAUCAUCUCGCGUCUAGGUUACCAACUCGAGCACUGUUCCAAGAUCAUUAUACUACGAGUUCGACGAAUCAAAGUGGCACGUUCUUCAUCGAGGAGGAUUCGUUCGAUAGGCGAAAUUUAACUUCCAUUUUUGACGAGGACGACGACGAUACAUACUCAUCUGAGGCACCGGGAGGUGUUAAUUUUCCAGGGCAGGCGAGGCCGCCGGCGCCGGGAUUGCCACGUUGGUGGGCCUUGUCAGCAUUCGUACUGGUGCUCGGCACAGCAGCUGGCAACGUAUUGGUUUGUUUGGCCAUCUAUUGGGAGAGACGUUUACAAAACGUUACCAAUUACUUCCUAAUGUCGUUAGCCAUCACUGAUCUUAUGGUAGCUGUGUUGGUAAUGCCGAUGGGUAUACUGGCUUUAGUAAAAGGUUUCUUCCCUUUGGCACCGGUUUACUGUUUGGCUUGGAUAUGUUUGGACGUGUUGUUCUGCACAGCUUCCAUAAUGCAUUUGUGCACGAUCAGCGUCGAUCGUUAUCUAAGUCUGCGAUAUCCGAUGAGUUUCGGACGUAAUAAGACCAGACGUCGGGUAACGUUGAAGAUACUCGUCGUAUGGAUACUUUCAUUCGCCCUAAGUCUUCCGCUCAGUUUAAUGUAUUCGCAGGAUUACAAUUCGUUGCUGAUUGACGGCACCUGUCAAAUACCGAAUCCGGCCUAUAGAGUUAUCGGUUCGAUCGUCAGUUUUUAUAUACCUUUAGUCGUAAUGCUGGUCACGUAUUGGUUGACGGUACGAUUACUCGAUGUACAACGUAAAAAUCUCGGAACGCCGCAGCCCAACGGGUGGAGCACCAGCGAAGGAUGGACGUCGAAUUCUUCUACAAGACGAUCGACUCCAGAACGCAAAUACACAUGGAAGAAGUUCAUAACGACUCGAAGCAAUUCCACCGACCUGCCAUCGAGUCGACAUUACAGUCCAACAACAGGAUCGGGAGGUAUGUCGCAUCACGCGACGCUGGCCAUAAACACGUCCUCGAUACCAUCUUCGGAAACCACGCCGAGGCAUCAGCAUUCUUCUUCGGCUGCGUCUUCCGAUACCGAAUAUACCACUUUGGAUACGCACGAUCUGUGGCUUCCCGAUUACGAACCGACUCCGUCGACUUUGUCGGCGUUGCAUCAAUUUGGCAAAGAGAUGCUAAGGCUGUCCAGUGGGUUACAGAAUGUCGAUUUGACUGGUUCCGAGUUUGCACAUACAUAUCAAGGAAUCGAAGAAACCAGCAGACAAUUCAAAGACCACACGUUCCCGUUUCGCAAACGUUCCAUCAACGAAACCGAAACAUUCCCGAGUCGCCAGCCAAGCUCGCGUCACAUCCGAAGAAGCGCCUCGUUUCGCGAAUCUCUGCUGCGACGAGUCGAUUCGGCCAAACCAGAUCCUCUAAACCUGUCCAGACGAAUGCCACCCUCCAAAACGUGGCACUCUACCGAACAUAUCCCCCACACUCACUCGGAUUCGGCAUCAGAUCACCGAGACGCUGCUCUCACCGCAGCCGCCAUUAAAUUAAAAACAAUCCAGAACAGUCUGCGAAACAAAUCACCCUCCAGAUCCGAAGACGCUCCUCCGACCACCUGUCGCUGUCCGUAUUUCGGCAAACCGGCCAAACCAGACCGGAAUUUCCGAGACGUGGUCAUCAUUUACUCGGAAAUCAGUCCGAAAUCUUCGCUGGUCAAAUGGGAGCCUCGAGGUACUCGCGGUAUCUUCAACAGACGAUCUAGUUUCACCGGAGGUGGCGCCAGUGGUACUGGUAGCACUAGUGUAUCGCUAGCUCCAGGUUCCAGCUCGGGUAGCGAUCGACUUCGACGCAGUGCCACCGUCAAGCAGGCAGUUACCGUUGCAUCCGAACUAUCCAACGAUCCAGAUCCGCGUCAUCGUAUCUCCAGAGCAGCCAGUACGCGAAUCGCUGCCGUCGCUGCCAACACCAACGAGUCCAGCUCCAGCGCCCGGCCUUAUGGACGUAAUUCCAGCGUUAUGAUGAGGAAUACCACCAAACACGGUAGGAUCAUCAGGCUCGAACAGAAGGCCACCAAGGUGUUGGGCGUUGUGUUCUUCACGUUUGUCAUUUUGUGGGCGCCGUUUUUCGUGCUCAAUCUGAUUCCGGCCGUUUGCGAUUCAUGCGAGAAGCAAAUACCGCCUUGGAUCUUCGACAUCGCCACCUGGCUCGGGUACGCUAGUUCCAUGGUCAAUCCGAUAUUUUACACUAUUUUUAACAAGGUUUUUCGACAAGCGUUCAAAAAAGUUCUGAUGUGUAAAUAUCGUCGUAAUCGCAGACAUCGAUGGAAGCCGGUCAAGCGUUAGUGAUGGGCGUACCGCGUCGUUCUAACCCCUUCUACAAUUUUUUUUCGCCCCAUAAAUCUAUACUCUUUCCUUGUGUUUGUUAUUAUUUAUUUAUUUUUUGUAACGAGACCAGAGAUACGAGGUUAUCGAAGUGUGGAACAGAGUUAGUUUUCGAUACGAAAUAAAUAAGAUGCAUAUUUAUUCAAUCUAUUCGCAGAUUGGAAAUGUUUACCAAACAUCAGAGUCAUUUUUGUCAUGAAUAAUUCGCUCGAAGUUACAAAAAUUCGUUCGCGAACGUAUGAAUUGAACGAUGAUCGAACUAAACAAAUCGCCGGAUUGUCGUGAGAGGAAAAUAAACAACCUUGACACGAUUCAUUGCUAAUAUUAUACUAAUUCGUUCGAAAGAUUCAGUCAGACUGGAUUUCGUUCAGGAACGAAUGAAUCACUUUGUUAAGGUCAGUAAGGAAUGGUUUGAAGGUUUUACAAAAUCGUAUUUUCAAAAUUCAACUAAAAUUUCUCUUAUUCACCAGUCGUGAACGAUUGAAUCAUUUCGUUCGCGAAUGAAUCAAGAAUCGUUGAAACAUUUACUUACCUACCAUCCCCCUUUCAAAAAAAGUGAUUCAAAUUACUUAGUUAAAAUUGGAAAAACAUAGAAAAAUGAUUCAUUUUUAGGCGAAUGAUUUGCUCGAAUAUUCAAAAGUCGUUCACGAACGAGUGAAUCACUUCAUAAACAAAUUAUUCAAAAAUCAUGCGAAUUUGUUCACUGAAAAAGUAUUGAAAAGAAAUAGAAAAAAUUUACGUACGCGAACGACUUAAUCAUUUCGUUCGCGAAUGAAUCAAGAAUGGUUAAAACAUUUAUCUACCACCCUGCUUUGAAAAAAAGUGACUCAAAUUUGCUAAAAUUAGAAAAAAGGGAAAAAUAAUUCAUUUUUGAGUGAAUGAUUCGUUCGAAGAUUCAACAAUCGUUCACGAACGAGUGAAUCACUUGUUAAACAAAUUAUUCAUAAAUUAUGUGAAUGGGUUCACUUUACUGAAAAAGGAUCGAAAAGAAAUUGAAAAAAAUUUCGUUCGCAGACAAAUCGUUCAAUCACGCGAACGACUUAAUCAUUUCGUUCGUCAUUGAUUCGAGAAUGCACAAAAUAUUCACCCCUCAAAAAAAUGCGUGAACAGCCAAUGAAAAAUUUUCUCAUUUUUAAAAAAAAUGAUUCGCUCGAAGAUCAGGCAAUCGUUCACGAACGAGUGAUUCACUUCCUGAACAAAUCAAAAUCAUUCAGAAAUUACGUAAAAGCAUUCAGUGAAAAAGUAUUUGGAAAAGAUUGAAAAAAAAUCGUUCAUUCACAGAUUAUAUAUUCGUUCACGAACGACUGAAUCAUUUCGUUUGUCAUUGAUUCAAGAAUGAACUUAACUCUCCCUCUGUUAAAAAAAAACAUCUGGAAAGCAAAUUAAAAAAUUUAUCAAUUUUUAGAGUGAUUCGUUCGAAGAUUGAGCAUUCGUUCACGAACGAGUGAAUCACUUCCUGAACGACUCAUUUAGAAAUGAACUGAACGUAUUCACAGACAAAGGAUUUGAGGAAAAAAAACGUUGAAAUCUUUGGUUUUCUAAGAAUCAUUCGUUCGAAAAGUAAAUUUUCGUUCACGAACGAGGAACGACUGAAUCAUUUUGUUCGUCAUUGAAAUAUGAGAAAUAAUUGAAUAUUUUUCAUUCCUUUCAAAAAAAAAAGGUUAAACAGAAAAUGAAGAAAUUUUUCAUUUUUGGCGAAUGAUUCGCUCGAAAUCCAACAGUCGUUCGCGAACGAGUGAAUCACUUCCUGAACGACUCAUUUAGACAUGAUCUGAACGUAUUCACAGACAGAGAAUUUGAGGGGAAAAAAUCUUUAAAAUCUUUGGUUUUCUAAAAAUCAUUCGUUCGAACAGUAGAUUUUCGUUCACGAACGACUGAAUCAUUUCGUUCGUCAUUGAAAUACGAGAAAUCAAUUGAAUAUUUUUCAUUCUUUUCAAAAAAAAAAAAAAGGAUUAAACAGCAAAUGAAGAAAUUUCUCAUUUUUGGCGAAUGAUUCGCUCGAAAUCCAACAGUCGUUCGCGAACGAGUGAAUCACUUCCUGAACGACUCAUUUAGACAUGAUCUGAACGUAUUCACAGACAGAGAAUUUGAGGGGAAAAAAUCUUUAAAAUCUUUGGUUUUCUAAAAAUCAUUCGUUCGAACAGUAGAUUUUCGUUCACGAACGACUGAAUCAUUUCGUUCGUCAUUGAAAUACGAGAAAUCAAUUGAAUAUUUUUCAUUCUUUUCAAAAAAAAAAAAAAAAAAAGGAUUAAACAGCAAAUGAAGAAAUUUCUCAUUUUUGGCGAAUGAUUCGCUCGAAAUCCAACAGUCGUUCGCGAACGAGUGAAUCACGUUCAAAACAACUCAUUUAGAAAUAAUAUGAAUAAAUCAUUUUUCAGUGAAAUGAUUGUUUUAAAAAAUUACUCAGGCGCUGAAGUCGAAACAGAAUUUGAAACUAUUCUAAACGUUCGCGAAUGAUUCGUUCAAAAAUAGAGAUUUCGUUCGCGAACAAACGAAUGAAAUUUGAUUUUUUUACAUUCAAAAAAAUUAUCAGACGUGAAAUAUUUUGAAAAAUGUUCAGAAUCGUUCACGAACGAAUGAAUCAUUCGCGAACGAAUAAAUACAUUUUUGCAGAAAAACCUUGUUACAAUAGAAAAUUUCCGGGAAAAAUCUUCGUUUAAAAUGAAUCACUCGAAAAAGAAUCAUAUCGUUCUUUGCAGAAUAAUCACGAGUCAAUCUACCAAAAAUAAUCAGUUUUUUAUUAAUUUUUUUUAAAAUGAACGAUGCUCUUCGAAUUUCUCCAAACUCGACGACAAUUUCCACACUUCACUGACCUCGUAUCUCGCGGGUUUUCUUUCUUCUCCGCACGAUUAAAACGACUUGCUAUCGUUUUACUUCUACGACUGAUCGUUUCAACACUGUACGCUACGUAUUUAUAAUUUUUACGACUGGUUUUUACGUAAAACAAAAAAAAAUUCUACCUUUCUCGCAUGAGUGUACAUGUAUGUUGUAAAUACCUAUAACGACACCUACGUACUAUAUAACGCGUAAAAACUUCGAGAAAAAAAAAGGUGGAAACCUUUAACUGUGUAUAAUGGAAUAAUUUAGUAAACUUGCGUGUACCUUUGAACUUUUUAAUUAAACAAAUAAACGAAUAGUCGAAAACGUAA